AUGGAAAGGAGUGCGAAAGCCGGAGUCUUGAAGAAGAAAGGUCCUUCAGGGUGUUUGGUUAUCAAGAAGAAAUCGGAGAAUAAGAAUUCGGGAGGUGGCUCAGGGGGUCUAUAUGAUGUUAGCAAGGCGAAAGAAAGGGAUAGGUUACUUGAAACUUAUUCGGGCUCGGGCACAGGCUCGAGCUCCAGCUCGGGUUCGAGUGAUGAGGAUGUACCUUUGGAGUUCAUGAGACGAAAAGUGAGUGAGAGGAGAUUGGACAACGGUUUGAAAUCCCAUAAGCAAGAGAGUCUUGAAAAUAGGGAUUGCAGUGGUGGGAGGAAACGGGGUAGUUUGGAGUUGUUUGAUUUUGACGAAUAUGAUGAAUUUGACCCGAAGAAGAUGAGGAACUUGUAUUUUGAGAAAAGGUUUGAGAAAAUCGAGAGGAAGUAUAGUGGGAAUGUGAUGAAGGGUUUUGGUUCUGGUUUAUCUAAUAUGAAUUUUCAAAAUAGUGGUAGUGGAAGCAAAAAGGGGUUGAAGGGCGAAAAUGUGAAGGAUAGUAAAAAGCUCGCCGUGGAUGAUGAUGAUGAUGAUGAUGAUGAUGAUGAUGAUGGAGACAUGCCCAUUUUUCUUUUAAAGUCGAAGAUUCAGAAGACAGCUGGUGAGCCAAUCAGGGUGCAGGGGAAAAACGGUGUUUUGAAGGUUAUGGUGAAAAAGAAGAAAAAGGUGGAUUUCUCAUCUCAGGCUAAGAAUGACGACACUAUUGAACUGAAAGAAGGAAAAGCUUCGAGGUCCGAUGAUGCAGCCAAGAAGGAUCUGUUUGCUGAUAAUGAGAUAAGUGCUGAGAAAGAGAAAGAGGAGAAGGUAGAUGGAAGUAUACAAGUAUAUAAAUCAAAGAAAAGGAUGAAAAAAGAGCAAGAAAGAUCUUCACCUCCCAAGAAUUUUACUCCUAUAAAAGGAAAAGAAGGUAAAGCGCAGCGUGGUGGGAGUACCGAAAAGCAAAAGCUGCGAGAGAAGCUAAGAGGGAUGUUAAUUGAUGCUGGGUGGACAAUUGACUAUAGACCGAGGCGUAAUAGAGACUAUUUAGAUGCUGUCUACAUUAGCCCUGGUGGGACAGCUUACUGGUCGAUUACAAAGGCACAUGAAGCGCUCAAGAAACAGUUAGAAGACGAAGGUGGAAAAAAUAGUUCGGAAAUGGGAUCCCCGUUGUUUGCACCUCUACCCGAAGAUCUCAUAAAUAAACUCACGAGGCAAACCAAAAGGAAAUUGAAGGAUGGAUCGAAAAGGAAGAGCAAAAAGGACAAGCGUGCAGAGACCUCAGAUAGUGAUGAAGAUGAUGAAUCAAUCGAAGGUUCCCCAAAAAGGAAGAGAGAGAAAGUCAAAGUUGACAGGUCUUCAAAGGGUUUAAGUUCUAAAGCUACAGGGAGUUGCACCCUUAUGGUCCGUGGGUAUGAUAAUGGGGAUAGCUCAGAUUCUGAUGGGUACGUUCCUUAUACUGGGAAAAGAACUAUCUUGUCCUGGCUGAUAGACUCUGGAAAAGCAAGAUUAAGUGAAAAAGUAAAGUACAUGAACCAGAAGAGAAGUCGGGUGAUGUUAGAAGGGUGGAUCACUAGAGAAGGGAUCCACUGUGGAUGUUGCAGUAAAAUUCUUACUGUCUCGAAGUUUGAGGUGCAUGCUGGCAGCAAGUUGCGCCAGCCUUUUCACAAUAUAUUCUUGGAGUCGGGCUCAUCACUUUUGCAGUGCCAGGUUGAUGCCUGGAAUAGUCAGGAGGAGGCUUUGCUUCAGGAUUUCUGUAGUGUUUGUGUUGAUGGUGAUGAUCCAGAUGAUGACACGUGUGGGAUUUGUGGCGAUGGAGGUGAUCUGAUCUGUUGUGAUAGUUGCCCGUCAACUUUUCAUCAGAUCUGUAUGGAGAUACAGGAGCUUCCUUCAGGGGAUUGGCACUGUGCAAACUGUACUUGCAAAUUUUGUGGCAGUAGAAAUGUUGCUGAAGAAAAUGAGAGUGCCGAGGAUGAACUUAGAAGAUGCUGCUUCUGUGAGAAAAAAUAUCACAAAUCGUGCGGCGAACAUUCAAAUGCUCUACGUUUGAGUUCUGAUGGUGCAUCUUUCUGUGGAGUGAAUUGCCAAGAGCUUUUCUAUCAUUUGCAGAAGAUCCUUGGAGUUAGACAUGAAUUGGAAGCAGGAUUUUCAUGGUCGUUUAUUCAACGAAAAGACGUGUCUGAUGCCUCACAGAGUGGAUUUUCUCUCAGGGUGGAGUGCAACUCUAAGCUAGCUGUUGCAUUAUCUAUCAUGGAUGAAUGUUUCUUGCCCAUUAUUGACAGGAAGUCUGGGAUAAAUUUGGUUCAUAAUGUUGUUUAUAACUGUGGAUCAAAUUUUAACCGUCUGAAUUUUCGCGGAUUUUAUACGGUAAUUUUGGAGCAGGGAGAUGAAAUAAUAUCUGCGGCAUCUAUCAGGCUCCAUGGAGACCGUUUAGCUGAGAUGCCAUUUAUCGGGACUCGUGAGACCUAUAGGCGACAAGGAAUGUGCAGACGCCUUUUAUCCGCCAUUGAAACUGAACUUUCUUCGCUAAAGGUUGGACGAUUGAUCAUUCCCACCAUAUCAGAGCAUAUGAACACGUGGAUUAGAGUUUUUGAUUUCGAAAAACUCGAGGAUGUGCACAAGAAAGAAAUAAAGUCCUUGAACAUGUUGGUUUUUCCAGGGACAGAUAUGCUGCAGAAGCAGUUAGUGAAGCAGGAAAAUUCUGAUGGCGUGAAUGUCUCUAUCACAAUGAACAAUCAACCUCGAUCGCCAAUUUCAGUUGAAAAGCCCGAUAAAGAGGCAAGUAGUGAUUCUGGGCCGGGUCUCAAGCCCAAGACAAACGAUGAAGCUGAAUCAGCAGAUUCUCCUUCCCCACAAACAAUACCUCCUAUAUCAGGUGCUGUUAGUGAAUGUGAUCAUCAUUCUCUUCACACCCAGGAAACAAUUCUCCAGAAGCCCGAGGUUGAAAUCGAGCAUAGAGAAUCUCCCAAUAACUCGGAAUGCUCUCCCAAUCAAGCUGAAAUGAACGAAUGCAAAAUCGAAACUCCUUCCAUGGAUUCUGCUGGUGGCGUCACUGUAGAGAGUUCAAAGUCUGAAAAUGCUGUGCUCAAUGUUGAGGUUGCUGAAGAUGCUGGCCCCACAAGAAGCGAAGAUGAAGGCGUUAAGGGCUCUGAGGCAACUCACAAUCAACUUCGAUUGCCCAUUUCUUCUGAAAUGCCUGAUAAACAGGAAAGCAGCAAUUGUGGGCCAUGCCUCGAGUCCAAGGUUAACAACAAUGUUGUAUCAUUGGAUUCUGUUUCUGCACAAACAAUUGUACCUUCAAUGACUACUCAUGAGCAAGAUAAGUCAGCACAUCCUGUUUCAGAUGCUAUUUACUGA